AAAAAACUGCUUUUUUCCAUAUUUACGAUUGAAUGUGAAGAAAUAUGUAAUAUCCGUGUCAAUAAAUUACCUUUACUCCAAUGGAAACUAAAUCCAGUAUAAUUAAAUGUCACAAGUGUAGACAUAUUUUACUAAAUGGAUAUAAAGAAAAAAAUGUAAACAAGUGUGACCCAAAAAAAUGUAGCAGUUAUAAUUUGCGCAACUUUAUUUAUCUAGAUGAUGAUGAAGUGCCGGAUUGGAUAAAAAUAAAAGUAGAAGAAGAGGAAUGGACUAAAGUCAAGUGGACGCACCUGUAGAGCUACACUUCUAAAUUACUUUCACUUACUAAGAACUAUUGUAAUUAUUUUGAAUAAACAUACAUGAACUAAUUUCUGAC